CGUCGAGAUUCUUGGGGAGCGAUGGCCAUGGGUGUGCUUCAAUGACAGUUAUGUGAGUGAGUUCGCUUUUCCGCCUUCUCCCGACACCGAGCUGCACCAGCAGCAGGCGCAGGAAGGCAGCAGCAGCAGCAGCAGCCGCCUGGAAGAUCUGCUGCCGCAGCAGCAGCAGCAGCGCACACUUUUCCCAUGUUCGAUAGCUUCGCCACACCACCACUAUCAGCAGGAGGGCUGUAGCUACUUGCUGAGUCGAACAGUCCAUAGCGUUACAUAUAUCCGGGGAGAUCUUACGGCAACCCCUGAAGAUCCUCCGUUGCCACCAGCGCUCGAAUCUUUUGUCACUUCUGAGAAUGAGCGACUCUUUAGUCGCCUAAGGGAGCAGGAGGAACGCAUGCAGCUGCUGACCAGCUUUGUGCUGCAGCAGCAAGCCUUUUUGUCUCACUUGCUGCGGCAGCAGUUGCCAGCUGCCUUGCGGCAGUUGGAGCUCCUGCGACAGCAACUGGAGGCGCAGCAUGCCUUUGCGGCAGCUGCUGCAGGCGACACAGAGAGGAGGGAUAGUGCUGCAGCAGACAUGGCGGAAAAAGCUCAGCUGUUGCCGAUUAUGCAGCAGCUUGCGUUCGUUCCGAGGAGCUGGUGGGCAGCCUUCAUUCGCGGCACGGACUAUCCCUGCGUGUCUGUGUUGUUGCCUCAACACGCGAGGCCUCUACGAGACAGCAGUAACACGAAUUCGUAUGUGCAAAACUUCACGGAUAAGGGAGCUAGAGCUGCUGCAGCCGUGGCUGUGCACGCUGUGUCGGCGGAGUCUCCUCAGCAAGGGCAGCAGCAGGAGCAGGCAGCACUCUCGAGCGACAGCAUGCAGGCGGAUUUCGCAGACUCAGACCAUCAACAGCCGCUGCUGCCGCAUCAAAAGAAAGGUUUAAAGAGAGGCAGCUCUACCUGGACGGCCUCUGUCUGUCCGGAGGUUCUCGAGGAGGCAGGCAUCGUUGAUUACAGCAGCAUCUUAUGCCCCCACUAUAUUCGCCACUUGCAGGAACAGCGCCGGCAUGGAAAGCGUCCUGUGUUUUGGAGUGCUUCUUCCAGCAGCAGCGGUGCAGAUGCGAAUACCAACAUGAGCAGCAGCAGCACGACCAGCCGAUUUGACAGCAACGCAGACGUGGGCCGCCCCUAUGGAAUCGAUCCUCUAGCGGUUUGGGCAGGAGAAGCGAAGAUAGUGCCACUGUCGAUUCUACAGUCCGUUUUCGCGGCUGUAGGACUGCGCGCCUCCAUAGAAACGCCGCUGCUGCAGCAUGCCGUCUGUCGUCGAUGUGCUGCAGCUCUGAGAGGUCUUGCAGAUCUCUCCGUUCUGCAACACCAAGAGGUCGAUAGGCUGCUCUCGGCUGCAAAAAAGCAGACCGCCCUUGCAACUCCCCAGACAGGCUCACCCCCAGCCACUCAAUCGCCCGAAGAAGAACAGCCCCCCAAAGAGGCUUCAGCGCCCACUAAGGGGGGAAACGCAGCAGCAGCAGCAGCAGCAGCAGCAGUAACGAGCUUCUUUCCCAUGCCGAAUCCGACGUCAGUGGAGCAGCAGCAGCAGUCCCCACACGAGCAAGAAGACGGCAGUGCCUUCGUUUUCGUUUCUCGACGCGUGCUGCAACACAUGCUCGGACGGCAUGGAGUCUAUUUGAGCAGCUGCAGCACAGCAGCACGAGAACGGCUGCGAGGUCGCCCUUUAAUGACACUGCUUGCCGCUGCUGCUACGCAGCAGCAGCGAGGAAGUCGCAGUGGGAAGUCAAAAAGCCGCAGAGUUUGCGGAGAUGUCACAUUCAUAUGGGCAGCAUACGAAGACAUCCGCAAGGAAGUAGCUGCAAACAGAGUAUGGCCCCUCGAUGAGGAGACACCCUCUCCCCCCUCGCUUUGUGCAGUGGCUGUGGCAGCUGCUCUUCCCCCCACAGGCGCAGUAAAUCGAGGCGUAGCGGCUAGGGGAAAACACAGAGCAAUACGAGAGGCAACAGGUGUUGCAGCAGAAGCACCAGGCCGCUCAAGGUCUAACGACUCCCCCGCUGCUGCGCAUGACGAUUUCACACUAGACUUGUCAGCAGAGCUGCUGUGCUGUCACGGCAACUUGAUACCCCUCCCAUUGCAACAUUGCAAGCAAAAACUCUCACCCCGCCUCCUCGUUCCCGCAGCUGCCUUGCUGCAGUAUCUGUCCCUAGAUGCAGCGAAGCGACCCCUUCUCAUAGAACUCGGCGUGCAGCAACCCUUGGCGAUUUCUGCCUCUUGUCUUGUGCCGCAAAGCGCCUUCCAGUGUACUAUUUGCUUCUCCGAGCAGCAGCAGCAGCAGCAGCAGCGACAAAGAUGGCGACAUCGCAUGCGGGAGGAAGAAAAAGCCCUUGGCGCAAUCCUCGGCAGUCGCUGGGUAGUCAAGCGGGAACCCCCUCAGGGCACGAGCAAGAUGCAUGCAGCCCUACCAAGGGGAGGCUUGUAUCAGCUCGUCCCUGCAGCGUGGCGUUCUCAGUGGCAGCAGUUUGUUGCGUCUGCUGACGAGGCUACGGGAAGCUGCCUGCGUCCUACAGCCCUCGACGUCUCUUCACUGAUCUGCGAUUGCCCUGUGCCAGGCUUGAAGGUUGAUCCUACAGACUCUGUGUUUUCGCCGGUGUUUGCGUCUUGUCCUCCGCCUUCCGAGUCUGCGGUGUAUACGGUAGUCCACGAGGCUCAGUUCAAGCUGCUGGCGGCUCACGGCUACGCUGAUUUCGGUGAAGGAAGCGCCGCAAGAGCAACUGUUGAGGUGUUGCUGACGCCAGUUGGAGUUCGCACAUUUGCAUCUGUCUUCUGCUUUCCGAAACUUAAGCCGUGCUCGUCUUGCGUUCAGCGGCAUCGCAUGCAGCCUCAAGGUCUCUAUGACUUUCCUUCCGUCGAUCUGCCGAUACACCUCGCGUCCAAUUGCCAGCGUGCUGCCACCUCUGCUUUAGCACCCCCACAGCAGCAGCAGCAAGAGCAGCAGCAGCAGCAGCAGCCGCCACCGCAAUCGCAAAAAGGCGUCAUCAGAAGCCGCUCGGUACAAGCCUCACGGCUCUUUUCUCGCAGAAUGAUGAUCGAGGUGUCCGGAGCGACUCCAGUCGACUGCGCUGUUGCUGCAGUCGUUGCAGCAGUCAGCGAUGCCUCCGAGCCAGUGCGUCGGUUGCGUGUUGCUCUGCGCGUACCUGAGACGACGGUGCUGUUAUCCGAGCCUGAGGCUGCUGCUGGUAGUGAUGGUGGUUCUGCAGAGUCGGGAACGACGGGGGAGCUCGGUGGCAAAGACAGCAGGCUUGUCCCCUUCGCUGCAGUCCAUGCUGCAACAAGGGGAGCCUGCUACGUAGAGCUGUCAAGCCUUGCGGCUGCUGGAGAGGGGAGCAGCCUCCGAAUGCGCGAACUAGGGGUUCGCGUGGAUGCGGACUGCUGCUUGCAUUACACCCUCGAUGGAAGCGAACCUAUGCCUUCCAAAGAGCUACAGCAGCAGCACCAGCAACAGCAGCAACAGCAACAGCAGCACCAGCAGCAGGAUCUCCAUGACGUCGUUGCCGUUCUGUCAUCCGUUUCCACAAACGCAAGUAAUUGCAGCAGCGAUAGCAAGGAAAGCAGCUGUAGUCCUAGCACGAGCAGCAGCUGCCACAAUGCGGGUGGUCUUGGCGGCAACAAAUGCAGCAGCAGUUGCUUCUCCUCUUGUUCUUCCCCCGGCUUGGACGCAACGGCAAGGCAAGACGGCCUUCCAGAAACAGACAGUUCUGCAUCCCCUCUGGUAGUCGUACGCAGCAAUGCAUUUGCCCCUGCUGCGUGGGCAGCACAUGCAAAAGCUCCUUCGAGGGGGCUCGACACAGGUUCUAUCCACAGAGCAAAGACGCGGGAUUUCUUUUUGCGCCAUGCAGUUGCACUUGCCCUCUUUCCCACAUCUAAAUGCCUUUGA